UAUGGUCUGUGUUGCAGGUCUGCCCAUCAUGCAGGUGCAGAUCGACAUCUCCAGACAGCAGGUUGAGAAGAUCUUUGGUCUGGACGACUACUGGUGCCAGUGUGUCGCCUGGAGCACUACGGGAACCCAGAAGAGCCAAAAGGCAUAUGUCAGGAUCGCCUACCUGAGGAAGAACUUUGAGGAGGAGCCAAUGGGGAAGGAAGUAGCGUUGAACCAGGAAGUGUUGUUACGAUGUCAUCCUCCAGAGGGUGUACCACCAGCUGAGAAACUAUACUAUAUCGCACCUGCUCUCUUGGCAGCCAUCAUGUAG